AGGGUGCAAACUCUGAAAUCCAAAACUCUGAAAUCCAGUUAGUACCUUUGCAGAAAUAAACAGGGCUGUGAAGAAUGUUUCUGAACAGCACAGUGAUAUGAAAAUGCAGAAAUCAUGCUGAUUUAACUUACCUUGGUGUACAAAAUAUUUCCAAAGAGGGUUGAUUGAAAUCAGCUAUGGAGUCCCAGGAGGAUGGGCUGGGCUGGGCUAGUGGCAUAGGAUAGACAUGAAAUUCUCAAGAGAGUGUCAGUAGGCUUUAGAAACUGUCUAGAGUUGGUAGCUUAAAGAAAAAGAUAAAAAAUAAAUAAAAUUUGGUAUUCUCUAUCUCAUCUCUACUUACUCUCCACUCAACACUUCCUGCCCUGCACUCCUGAACUGCCCCCGCCCACCCCCAAUUGCUCGAAGGCUUGGGGUGCUCAUGUACUGGGUCCUGUGAUCUUCUGCCUGUCUCUUCCCGCUACCGAAGUUGGCUGACUUGCAUUCUGCCUUUCCACACUAGUUCCAGUUUCACUUCCUCCUCGUUGCCAAUGGUGGGAUUUCCACUUUUGCCCCAGAGUUUGCUCCUUACUCUGUUGACCCUGUCUUCAAGCCUAUAAGCCAAUAAGUGGUAAUUCCCCACUGGACCCCUUCUUGGUGGCCCGGCUUCAAUGGACCGGAGCCUUCAGGCCAUGCUCUGAAAGGUGGCUGCUACAUGGGGCUGGAUGUCCACUCUGCUCAGAUGAUGCCUGAGACUCAGCCUGACUCUAGCUUUUCCUGGACAGGACUGGCGGGGGUGGGGACACACCCACACAACAGAAUCGCGGCUGACCCGGGAGAUUCCAUGAAUGGCACAGCUGCAGUGAGCCACAUCUGCCUUGAGCGAAAGAAUUCCCAGAUAGUGAGAGGACAUGCUCGUUGGGACCAGGCGUGGGAGAAUGGGCUGGGAAGGUGUUUAAGAUAGAAGUGCUAAUGAAUGGAAGAAAACAUUUUGUUGAAAAAAGGUACAGCGAAUUUCAUGCUUUGCACAAAAAGCUUAAGAAAUGUAUAAAAACCCCAGAAAUCCCUUCUAAACAUGUGAGGAACUGGGUCCCAAAAGUGUUGGAACAACGACGACAAGGUUUGGAAACAUAUUUACAGGCUGUCAUUUUAGAAAAUGAAGAACUUCCCAAACUGUUCCUUGAUUUUCUAAACGUGCGACACUUGCCCUCUCUUCCAAAGGCAGAAAGUUGUGGAUCUUUUGAUGAGACAGAGUCUGAAGAGUCAAGCAAACUGUCCCACCAGCCCGUGCUGCUGUUCCUCAGGGAUCCAUACGUCUUGCCUGCAGCCAGCGAUUUUCCAAAUGUGGUUAUUGAGGGAGUUCUCCAUGGGAUAUUUUACCCUCAUCUGCAGCCCAGGUAGAAAUCCUGCAUGGCUCCAAGAAGCUGAAGCAAGUUUUGAAGUCACGGCCAAGGAAAUCGAUACCUACCAAAUUAACCUAAACUCUGAGACAUAACGGCUCUAGCUAGUGG